AUGGAAUCACAAACUCAAGUAGAAACCUUCGUUGUCGAACAAGAUAAUGAUAAUAACAAAAACAAAAUAAAUAAAAAGAUUUUUAUUCCAACGAUUGGCACUCUGGGCGAUGUGAAACCUUUCAUAAUUCUUGCGCAAGCGCUUAAAAAACGAGGACAUACUGUGUGGCUUGGUGUACAUAAACGCUUUCAAGAUGUAGCAAAGGCUGCCGAUAUUGAUACAGUUGAAAUUGGUGGUGAUUUGGAAGACAUUCUCUCAGCAACGCCUGAGGGAAUCGAAUUACAAUGA